UGUAAUCCCACGUCCAUUUCUUUGAUGUGAUCUUUGUACUCACUCACUAUGUAGCUUCCCCACAUACACAAGAAUAGAGAUAGAUACCUUGUUCUUGACAUUCCACUUCACACACACACACACACACACAUAACUAGAGAAAUUUAUUUUUUUUUAAAAGAAAAAAAUUGUGGUCCUCAAGCAUCUCCACCUUUCCUCUCAAAAUUCCCACAACCCCACCACCCAAUAUCUCCUCAUUUGAUCAAUACUACUACUACUACUACUAUAUAUAUAUAUAUGUAUAUUUAUUAAACAUUAACAUGAUGAAUGAGAGCAAGCCCAAAGAGGGGGAGAUGAUGAAGAGAGACAGUGGCGACUCCGACGAUGAUGAGGUGGUGCCCGACGAGGAGAAGCGGAAGAGGGUCGCCGGCGCCAAGAAAGGCGGCGGUGACCCCUCCAUGAAGAGCUGCCAGGCUGAGAAGUGCGCCGCUAAUCUCACCACCGCCAAGGCAUACCACCGCCGCCAUAAGGUCUGCGAGCACCACGCCAAGGCGCAGGUCGCCGUCGUCGCCGGAAUCCGCCAGCGCUUCUGCCAGCAAUGCAGCAGGUUCCACGAGCUAUCGGAAUUCGACGAUGCUAAGAGGAGCUGCCGGAGGCGGUUGGCUGGCCACAACGAGAGGAGGAGGAAGAACCCGGGCGACGGUUCUCAGGCAGAAGGGUCCACUAGCGGCCGAAUCAAGGGCGCCGGCGUGUGGGCAAGUGGAUGAUAGGGGAAGGAUUCAAAUGAGUGUCCAAGAAAAUUCAACCUACAAACAUUUCCAUGUCCCAUAAAUUCACCUAGCUCCCUCUCUUCUGUCAAUAAUCUAAUUAUAAGUAGCAUGUAUUAUUGAGCUGAUCUCGACCUUAAUUAUUUUAUAAUUAAUAAAUGAGGAUAAUGAAUAAAGUACGAGAUGUGUGCUGCUCAUUUUCUUA